UUUGGAAGCAAAAAAACGACAAAGAAGAAGAAAUAUCAAUGCGCGUAGGAAAAAACGUAAUUUUUUAUUGAAAAUUGAGAAAAAAUACAAGAAAAGGUGAAUUUUGUUAAGUUAUGGCCAAAGAGAAUACUGGCAAAGAUCCGGAUGAAUUGCUAUCUGUCCUGGGGAAUAGUGAUGGUGUUGUAAAUGGGACUGUGGAAGAGGAGAACAGCGAAAGUUUCUGUGGUGGUGAAAACAAUGGUCCAGCUGCUGAGGCACCUAAGAAGGAUGAAAAUCCCUUCUCAUUGAAGCACUUUCUCAAUCGCGACAAUGCAGGAAUUUCAAGUUCAACGAACCGGGGUCCAGGAACGUCGAAUUCAUCAAAUCUCGGAGCUCGUCCCAAGGUGUUUCAGUCCACGAGCACCAAUGAAAUCCCCAAAAUGAAGCGAUCUCCGCGCUUUCCAUCCUUUGACUCACAAGCCAGUCUCACGGAGUACACCGAUGACCUAAGAAGUUCCAUCGGGACAACAUCCUCGAAUUUCGGCAAGAGAUCCUACUCGAAUUAUGACAUUGAAAGUCCAAAUUCCCCACGUCCGGAACGUCGUGGCAAGAGCCCCAUUGUACCGUCAUCAUCUGCACGGAAUACAACCACAUCAAAUGUGGGGGGUGGUGGUCAUCGUUUGGGGAAUUCCGAAUUUUCAGCUGCUCUACCGGAUUUUGUGCAGGAUCACCUCAUCAUUGAGCAGCUGUACAAUCACUCUGCCCUCGGUAGCAGUGGCUCCCCAAAUACAUCACCACUCUCCGUGGAUUUCGACAUAAUCCCCGGAUUUGCGGUGAAUGACACAAAUUCACGUCCAUCCGCCGAAUCAGACAUGCCCUUUGAUCUGAUGUUCACAACAUCCUCCGCCCCACGUAGUCGUAGUCCAUUGCACCGCAAUAGCCCAACAAUCCCACUUGAUCUACCCGUGUCGAGUAGUGCAUCGAGUAUCCCAUUGGAUCUCACAGGGAGUCGUUUUGGGCACAAUACACCACCACCACCGGAUAUUCCCCUCGAUCUCACGGAGCGUCAUGAUUUUGGGAAUGCCAAUCAGCCGCCCGCAGAUAUGAUACAGACCCUGCCGGACUUCCUGUCCGACGGACCCAUUCACAGUGGGCGAUUAGCGGAUGUGACGAGUGAUCUGCCGCAUCUGGAUAGCCCCGAGGAGAGUGCUGGGACAACAAUUGCGCGUCUUCGGUUGGAGAAUGAACGAUUGCGCCAUGAAUUGGAUGACAAUCGACGACGAUUGUCCGAGAAGACGCGCCAGAGUGCUGAACUCGAGCGAACACUGGAGAGUAUGAGGCACACAGAGACUCAGUACAGUGCAACACUGGCUGAAAGCAUGGAACAAGUUGAAGAGAAUCUAGAUAGAAGCAAUAAGAGAGCAGCAGCAGCACAGUCCUUAGCAAAUAAGCUAAAGCAGCAAGUUAAGCAAUUAACGGCUGAAGUUGAGGCACUACGGCGUGAGAAUGAGACGCUAAAGGAGGAAGGAGCCGUUGGGGGUAGCAGCAACAGCGGUACAGCAGCAAAUGUACGCUCAUUUGCUCGAAUGUCGAGAUCUCAGCAACUCUCACGGGAACUUAUGCAGGCAGCUCAGAGCGCUGAAAAUAAUCUCCGACAACUACUGACUGGUGUUGACAACUUGAGGAUCAUGGCAGCAAAUAUUCAAAAUAUGGAUCGAAUUUGUGAUCCAACGGAUGAAUUUCUCUCAGAUUGUGAUGAUGAGGAUUUCACUGGUCCAGCUCUAUAGUUAGGUGCGAGAUUUUCUUCUUAAUUCUUUUUUUUUUCCCUUUGUGCAAAUUUUAUUUUACAAUCUUAUUGUACGUUCUUUUAGUCCUCAAGUUAAUUUGUUAGAUCUGUUUUUUUGUCUUCUCUUCAGUUUUCUCUCAUAGAGCUAUAUAUACUCCUAUAUAGCGAUAUUCGCGUUUAUUUUUUUUUUAUUUAAAAAUUGUUUUAAAGAAAAAAAACCCUUUUUUUGGAAGAAGAGCUCUAAGAGAUUACAAGAAGUAUAGGGAAAUAUUGUCUAAAAACAAACAAAAAAAAAUAAAUAAAAUUUCUUCCAAUUCAGUGGUUACGACAAAAUUAUUACCUAACUGAUGAAUGUGCGUGCGAAGAAAAUACAAUUAUCAUAACAAACAGGAUAUUAAAAAAAAGAGAAAGAAAAAUGCAA